AUGCAGCGAACGCCCACUUUUCGCUCUCGAGUCCACACCCUCUUCAUCUUACUGCAAAGCUCUCGUUCGUACGCGUCCAAAAGUGCCAAUCCAUAUCCCUAUCCAACACAAAUAAACCCUCAGCCGCACCAGAUUUUCCAUUUACCGCGAAGUGCAAACCAGGAGGAUGCAGAUUAUGAACUUGUCCGAAUUUACCACCCGGACUCAGCUGUCGCUCGUCAUUAUCCCUCGGAGGAGUCGCAGGCACGAUUUCAAGCUAUCUCUCGAGCGUACGACAUACUUCGAGGAAAGGUAUCUGCUUCUGGUGAACUGGUGGAAGCUACUCACAAAGUGGAUCCGAUACGAUGGUCAGCUAGGUCGCGUCGUCCUCAUUUCGACGAUACAGCUAGUGAUGAGCGGUGGAAAGAGAGAAUAAUCAUGGGUACCGUAUUACUGGCCUUAGUUGCAUUUGUCGCACAGACCAGUUGGACUCGCCAGCAGGCCAUUGCACAAAUGUCAAGUCAUGGAUGGCCUUCCCAUCCAAGUAAAAAGUCAGGGAAUGACGAUGGUGCUCUCACUGCAGACCACGAGGAUGGAUCGCUAGAAGGCGACCUUGACUGCAGCCAGGGAGGUCACGGUCUACGCGGCAGGCGUUGA